CGGAGGACCACUCGCACCACAGCGGCGGCAGCAGCAGCAGCGCCGCCUCGCGCAGCCCGUCGCCCGCACCAGUCGCCUCGACCUCGCGCACCACCACCACCACCAAGGACAAGGCGACGCUCGUGCCCGCCGGCGGCAUGCUCACGACCGAGACCAAGUCGACCGCGACGUUCGCCUCGCUCGGGCUCCUGCCCGCCCUGUGCGACGCGUGCGCCUCGCUCGGGUUCACGGCGCCGUCCCAGAUCCAGGAGGAGUGCGUCCCUUACGCCAUCGAGGGGCGCGACAUUAUCGGCCUCGCCCAGACGGGAUCGGGCAAGACGGCCGCGUUUGCGCUCCCCAUCUUGCACCACCUGUGGGAAGACCCGCAGGGCUUGUUCGCCGUCGUGCUCGCCCCGACUCGCGAGCUCGCGUACCAGAUCAGCGACACGUUCACGGCGCUCGGGAGCGGCAUCGGCGUUCGCGUCGCCACCAUCGUCGGCGGCAUGGACACGAUGGCCCAGCAGGUCGCCCUCGCCAAGAAGCCUCACGUCAUCGUCGCGACGCCCGGUCGCCUCCAGGACCACCUCGAGAACACCAAAGGGUUCUCGCUCCGCAACUUGCGCUACUUGGUCCUCGACGAGGCGGACCGCCUGCUCGACCUCGACUUUGGGCCCGUCAUCGACAAGAUCCUCAAGGUGAUCCCGCGCGAGGGUCGCCGCACGUACCUGUUCUCGGCGACCAUGACGACCAAGGUGGCCAAGCUGCAGCGCGCGUCGUUGCGCGACCCGGUCAAGCUCGAGGUGUCGAGCAAGUACCAGACCGUGUCGACCCUGCUCCAGUACUACCUCCUCGUCCCGCUCAAGCACAAGGACCUCCACCUCGUGCACCUCCUCCACACCCUGUCGGGCCUCACGACCAUCGUCUUUGUGCGCACCGUCGUCGACGCCCAACGGCUCGCCAUCCUCUUGCGCCUCUUGGCCUUCCCGGCCGUGCCGCUCCACGGCCAGCUGUCCCAGUCGGCGCGCCUCGGUGCCCUCAACAAGUUCAAGUCGGGCAACAAGUCGAUCCUGCUCGCGACCGACGUUGCCAGUCGCGGACUCGACAUUCCCUCGGUCGACCUCGUCGUCAACUAUGACCUGCCGACCAACUCGAAGGACUACAUCCACCGCGUCGGGCGCACGGCGAGGGCGGGUCGCAGUGGCAAGAGUGUCACGCUCGUGACGCAGUACGACGUCGAGCUGUUCCAGCGCAUCGAGGGCGUCAUCGGCAAGAAGAUGGACGAGUACCCGCUCGGCGCAUCGGGCAAAGCCGAGGCGCUCCUCCUCUCGGAGCGCGUCGGCGAGGCCCAGCGCGAGGCCAUCCGCGAGGUCAAGGAGCUCCAGCUCGGGGGGUCGCUCGGCAACAAGGGCAAGAAGCGCCGCGCCCAGGACGAGGGGGACGAGCGCGACCGCGACGACGAUGAGCGCGAGGCGGGCAUGCCGCGCGUUGGGGGUGGCGGUGGCGGUGGCGGUGGGCGCGGUCGAGGAGGCGCGAGGGGCGGACGGGGAGGCGGCGGUGGGCGCGGUGGCGGUGGAGGAAAGAGGGGCCGCAGGUAG